AUGCAGAGUUGUUUAGCGGUAAACUGUCGGUUCUGCAAGUGGGAACGCGAACUCGAUGGUAUCCCAAUAGAAGAGGUAGCCCCGCCUACCUCGACGAUUGAGAAGAUGCGUACAGACAUGAGGGCGAGGGCAGCCGCGAGGAGAGCCAACGGAACAGAGCAGGAGCGGGACGGUACUGCAUCUACAUCCUGGGAUCCCGACGAUGCACGUUGGGAUAUGAAUCCACUGGCGUCACCGUUGGUGAGUAGGAGUAGGAGGGAUAGUAUACAUUCUUGCGAAGAAGAUGGUAUGGAGGAUGGGGAGGGUGUGGAGGUGUACUACACUGAGCAGUCUGCAUCCUCACGCGAUGGCAAAAUCGACAACAGCACUCCCGAAGACAUCGAGAUACAAGACAACGACACCAAUCCACCAAGCCCCACUCCAAGCUCAGUCUACAGCACCGACAAUCCCCUCGCCCUCGUCCACAGCCCUCUCUACACACAAAGCGAAAGCGACAUAUCCGACCUACCAGGCGAUAGCACCUUCUCCAACUUUCUAGAUGAAGUCCUUUUUGAUCUUGACGCUUGGCUUGAUGCUGGGGGUUUGGAGAAGGGCGGCCUGCACGACGAUAUGCCGGAGGAGGAGUAUGCAGAGUACAAGGAAUGGUACAAGGCGAUUGGAGGAGGAGUUUCGAGGGGUAUGGUUGAGCGGGGAGUUAUGGGGGUGGAGAGGAGGAGGAGGUGGAGUGUUUGA